UUUCAAUAAUUAUUUUAAAUUGGGAUUAACUUUUGGUCGUAGCAGUUUGGCCAUGUCCUCUUGCAGCGAGAUUGUGUCAAUGUCGAGCAAUAUGUGUAGACUUUGCCUGCAAAGUAGCAACAGAUUGGUGUCCGUAUUUGCCAAGUGGGACGAUACAUUCAUUGCACUGAUCAUAACAGAGUACACCACAGUGCAGGUAACGGAGAAUGACGGUCUUCCAGAAAAUAUUUGCCAGUCGUGUUUUGCAAAGCUUAAGGAUUUUUGUGAAUUUAUUAGGAAGGCAAAAAAUUCCGAUCUAACGUUACGAAGCAUGAUUGAAAAGGAGAUGAAACUAGAGAAACCAGAAGUUUGUGUCUCGGAAAAGGAUAAAGGAAUCAUUGAACCACAUUUUACAGAAGUUUCCGCAGAGUCUGUAGAGAUUAAAAUAGAAUCUAAACCUGAUGAUUCGUUAUCUGAUGAAAACAGAAGUAAUGAUGAAUUCGAAGACGCUUGCGAUAGCGACUGGAAAUGUAAGGGAUCGGAUAAUGAAGAAAAACCUCUUGCUACGGGGAAUACGAAAAUUUCAUGUAAACAACAGGUGAAGGACCUAGCGUUGCCGACGUUUAGGGCAAUUGAAGUUGAUAGAGAAAAAUGGCUUUGUUGCUCUUGUCUAAAGCAAUUCGAUAGCAGAGAAGAAUUGAAGGUACAUAGCCAUGAGGUUCACAUGAAAGAUCAAUCUGUGGCUUCAAGCAAAACGUUCGUUUGUGAGUUCUGUUACCGAAGAUAUUCAUCGGCGAUUGCAGCGAAUGCUCAUAAACGAAAAACGGAUGCGAUCACCGUUCUGUACGAGUGUAAACUGUGCGGUUUGAUAGUACAUGAACAGUUGAAAUGUCAGCAACAUGCCAGAACUCACGCCAAAAAAGCAGUACCGAAACAGAGGAAGGCCAAACCGACUCUGGAAGAGCUUAUGGAGAAAUUUGGUAGACUGUGCUGUGCUUUGGGGUGCUCGCAGUCAUUUGAAACCGAGAAACAACUGCUGGCCCAUUCGCACUCGGUACAUAAGGCUAACAAAGUGGAAAGUACUUUGACGUACAACGAAGGAAAACCAAUAGAAUGUCAAGUAUGCUUCAAACGAUUCAAACAGAGAGAGGGUUUGGAUCGUCAUUUGCGGUUCAAGUACAAAGAAUCGUCCAACAUUUGUACGCUUUGCGGUGCAAAAUUUCCCACUCUUACAUCGUUGACAAUCCACGAGAGGAGUCAUACUCGGGAAAAGCCGUUCGAGUGCGAGAUUUGUUCGAAAGGGUUUGGCGAUAAACAGAGUUUGAAAAGGCACUACGUGAAACACACCGACGAGAAACCGUUCAUGUGUUCGAUCUGCGGCGUUUCGUUCAAGCGCAAACGGGCAAUGCAAUCGCACAUGAUCAUCCACGAGCCGGGCCAGCUUCCGUUCAAGUGCGAGUUCUGUGAGAAACGGUUUCGCGUGAAGGCAAAACUUCUUUACCACAUGCGUACCCAUACGGGUGAAAGACCGUACUCCUGUCGGUACUGUGAAAAGUCGUUUGCCGAUUUUUCCAACCGAAUCCGACACGAACAGUCUCACACUGGUGAAAAACCGUAUAAAUGCUCGUCCUGUCCGAUGGGUUUCAUUACUAGGCGAUUUAUGUUGCGUCACGAGAAGAAACAUAAACGUAAUGAGGCUCAAGCUGAAGAGCGACCGCCAAUGGAUAAUGUUUCCUAGAUUCAGGAAUUGAUGGG